UACUACAAAUGGUGCAAGUCAAAUAACUUUGACUCUAUGCUUGAGAAGGACAUCAAGGUGAGGCAAGCCAAAGCUCAAGCCAAAGAAGAUGGUAUACUGGUUCAAAAACAGUCUCAGCUUGAUGGACAUCUCAGAGUGUGUGUUGUGGUUGUUAAAUACUCUGAUAAACACUUCAAACAGGCUGCCAUUAAGUGGAUGAUUGCAACUGACCAGCCACUUCGAGCUCUGGAGCAUCCAAAGUUCAAGGAGAUGAUUGAUGUUGCAGCCAGUGCUACAGCUGGUGUA